GGCGACAAUGAGUUUUCUUGGAGGCUUUUUUGGUCCCAUUUGUGAGAUCGAUGUUGCCCUUAAUGAUGGGGAGACCAGGAAAAUGGCAGAAAUGAAAACUGAAGAUGGCAAAGUCGAAAAACACUAUCUCUUCUAUGACGGAGAAUCUGUUCAGGAAAGGUAUUUUCUUAAGGUGACGAUUGUGAGAAGGCUGACAGACUUAGUGAAAGAGUACGAUCUUAUUGUUCACCAGCUUGCUACCUAUCCUGAAGUCAACAACUCCAUUAAAAUGGAAGUGGGCAUUGAAGGUUGUCUGCACAUAGAGUUCGAAUAUAAUAAGUCCAAGUAUCAUUUAAAGGAUGUGAUUGUUGGAAAAAUUUACUUCUUAUUAGUAAGAAUAAAAAUACAACACAUGGAGUUACAACCGAUCAAGAAGGAGAUCACAGGAAUUGGACCCAGCACCACAAAAGAAACAGAAACAAUCGCUAAAUAUAAAAUAAUGGAUGGUGCGCCAGUAAAAGGAGAAUCUAUUCCGAUAAGACUGUUCUUAGCAGGGUAUGACCCAACUCCCACAAUGAGAGACGUGAACAAGAAGUUUUCCGUGAGGUACUUUUUGAACCUCGUGCUGGUUGAUGAGGAAGACAGACGGUACUUCAAGCAGCAGGAGAUCAUCCUGUGGAGAAAAGCACCCGAAAAACUGAGAAAACCGAGGACGAACUUUCACCAGCGAUUUGAAUCUCUGGAAUCACAGGCAUCUGUGGAACAGCCCGAGAUGUAAGCAGAAUGGGACAAAGCAGCAGGAACAAGAACUGGAGCCGACAGGUGACGCUCAGUGGGCUAG